CUCAUUCGCUAGGAUUUAAGAUUGCCUGCCACGUCUGCGACGUGAUUGGCUUUCUGUUCUUAUGUGGGCGGGUCUUAGGCGAAUUUCGCUUCGUGCUUGGUAGCAAUGGCAAGGCGUUGUAAGGGCGAGAAAGUCUGCUGUGAAGCUAGCUUGUCAGGAAAACACAAUUCCAACACAAGUGUUGGAAUUAAUGGGACAAGGGCAUGGGUGAUGAUACCAGUGCCAAGAAGAAGAAAAGAAAGCAGAAAAGAAAAAAGAAGUCUGGUGCGACAGAAGCUGCUCAAGACUCGCUUGCCAAGGUGAACUCUUUGCCGGCUGAUAAGCUGCAGGAAAUACAAAAGGCCAUCGAACUUUUCUCUGUGGGCCAAGGACCAGCCAAAACUAUGGAGGAGGCAACCCGGAGAAGUUACCAGUUCUGGGACACUCAGCCAGUUCCAAAGCUUGGAGAAACUGUGACAUCACAUGGCUCCAUUGAACCUGACAAGGACCAAAUUCGAGAGGAGCCCUACAGUCUCCCACAAGGUUUCUGCUGGGACACGCUGGACCUGGGGAAUCCAGCUGUGCUCAAGGAGCUUUAUACUCUUCUCAAUGAGAACUACGUGGAGGACGACGAUAACAUGUUUCGCUUUGACUACUCUCCUGAAUUCUUACUCUGGGCCCUGCGUCCACCUGGCUGGUUGCCCCAGUGGCACUGUGGCGUGAGAGUAAACUCUAACCAGAAGCUGGUUGGUUUCAUCAGUGCCAUUCCUGCGACCAUCCAUAUCUAUGACGUAGAAAAGAAGAUGGUUGAGAUCAACUUUCUAUGCGUUCACAAGAAGCUUCGCUCCAAGAGAGUGGCUCCAGUUCUGAUCAGGGAGAUCACCAGACGUGUCAACCUCCAGGGCAUUUUUCAAGCUGUUUACACUGCAGGGGUGGUACUGCCCAAACCCGUGGGCACAUGCAGGUACUGGCAUCGCUCCUUGAACCCCAGGAAACUGAUCGAGGUGAAGUUCUCCCACCUGAGCAGGAACAUGACAAUGCAGAGAACCAUGAAGUUGUACCGUCUGCCAGAGGCUCCAAAAACUCAAGGCCUCCGGCCCAUGACCAAGAAAGACGUGCCUGUCGUGCACCGUCUCCUGCGUGAGUAUCUGAGCCAAUUCCAUCUGGUGCCAGUAAUGAACCAGGAAGAGGUGGAACACUGGCUGCUGCCCAGGGAGAACAUCAUCGACACUUACCUGGUUGAGAACAAUGGGAAAGUGACAGAUUUCCUGAGUUUCUACACACUACCCUCCACCAUUAUGAACCACCCCGUGCACCGCAGCCUAAAAGCGGCUUACUCCUUCUACAACGUGCACACCACCACGCCGCUCCUCGACCUGAUGUCGGAUGCCCUCAUCCUGGCCAAAUCUAAAGGGUUUGAUGUCUUCAAUGCACUGGAUCUAAUGGAAAACAAGACUUUCUUGGAGAAGCUGAAGUUUGGCAUCGGUGACGGCAAUUUACAGUAUUAUCUGUACAAUUGGAAGUGCCCUAGCAUGGGAUCGGAAAAGGUGGGGUUGGUGCUUCAAUGACCUCCUCUAUUGCUGUCAUCAAGUGUUCCCACCUGACCAGGAGUGUGUGCCAUCAUGCCAACCACCUGACAGAUGAAAUGGUCUGUCAGGAGAAAUCAGUCCACCGGACCAUUUAACUCUUACUUUUCACCGUCUCGAACUUUGAACUGCAUUACCGCUGCCAGGCGAGGGAGCAAGAGAGCGGUGUCCUGUUCUUUCCCUUCCUUCACACGGACCUUAAGCCAUCUUAGAUCCCCGCGUCUAACAUCGGAACUGUACACGGCGAGCGGCGUCCAGCGGGUCAUACUGUCUGCAUCGCUACUAAUCACGUGUAAAUAUCGUCGGCUGCAAUUGAUGGCCCCAAACUGGCAGAAUCGGCAACUGUUUUUAUGUUACUUCCUUAAUAUGGCAGUGCUUUUUUGCAAUUCAAUAAAUCUUAAGUUUUAGAGUUUAAAAAAGUAAUAAUAAAAUGUUCAAAAAUAUUUUAAUGAUGGAAAGGAACUGAGUGAUGAGCGGUAAUAAAUACCAAAAGCAGACACCAUUUAAGGGCUUCUGAUUGUUCUUGUCACGGCUGGUGAUGAUUAUUUUUUAUUUUUCAAUCUGUUUUGGUUACAGUGGGGUGUUUUCACACGGCUCUUUGAGAGACAGUUCUCUCAGAUAUCCUUCUUCUCUUCUGGCUGCUCCAACUGAAGGAUGUUACACCCAGACUGCACGGACGGUCCGGAAUACUUACCUCGUAUAUGUUUAUCCUUCUGGUUCAGAUUUGAAAUCUCAAACUUCAUCAAAGUGCCACUGUUGCCAGUGCCACACGCCACUGUUCCAAAGUCCACCCAUGCCCUCCUUAGACUUUGACUCUCUGAUAACCUUCAAAAGCUUUGACAUGUGUCUCUCGCUGGUAAUGCUGCUGCAGUACCGGCUUGAAGAUAAAUCUCAACUUUGGCUGUUGACGUGUCCUAUGGAAACUUGAUUGGAGCAACGUGCAGGGUGAUGUACUGUGGUCGGGGUGCAUAUCUUCUAGGACAAUUUGAAAUAUGACAGCAUGUCAAAAUACAGGUGACCUUUGAAACAAAAAUAAAAUCUGGAACUUCA